UUGUUGAUUAGCAAACCGAAAGUGCCCGUGGUAUCAACAUUCGACGAGCUAGUAGGGCUCGGCAGGCAAUCCGGUACCCAGGAGGGCAGGCCCAUGCUCGAUCUCAAAGGUAACGUCAUCCAUAAAGAGGCAAGUGAUCCAGCAUCAAUGAUUACUGCUGUCAGCAUCGAAACUUCAACCGGCCUGGAGGAGCACGAAUUGCUUGCUGCAAUACGAGGGUCCAUCACGCUCUGCGAGUGUGCAUACGUCAACAAGUAUUCAAGGAUCCGGAGACUAGCUCCCACCCACGCGCGGGAUUCGCAGGUUGCGCGCUCGGGUGCUGACGCCGUCUCGGCCUUGAUCGACACAGAUGGCAUCGAUCCACAAAGCCCUGGCUCGGAACCGGCGCCAAAGGUGAAUCAGGGCGUUGAGGCAUUUUGGCGUAACAAGUAG